GUUAGAUAGGCCUAAACGUCGGAUAAAACCGGAUGGCAGCCUACGGACAUAUAUUCAAUGGAAAGGGUUGAUAUUGUUUAACCGAGUCAUCAUGGAAGGAGACACAUCAAAAGGAAUAUCUGAUGAUGAUUUCAGGGAGAUAUUAAUAUCCAUGUCAGGAUGGUAUGAUCGCCAUGGAUACAUCAAUAUGCUGAAAGUUUUGUACAGAGAUCUUGUAACUAAACCUGAUAAGCUAUAUGCUGCCACCAAGGUGAUUGAAUUGUUUGAAUUAUUACAUACCUCUGGACUUUUAAGUCCCGCCGAUCUGACGGUACUCUACGAUACUAUCAAUGUAACUAAGCCAUUUGGCUUGGAACCAGAAAUAGGAAUGUUGUCAAUGACAACACUUUUUGAUAUCAGGGCAGUCAUAGUAUCAAAAUUUGCACCUAACAGACAAAGUCUGAUCAAGUUUGUAGAAAGUCUCACUGACAAUGAUGUCAAGAAGAUCUCAAAACUUUACUGCUGUGAACAAAACAUCGACAAAUGGGGAUUAAUUGUGGACUUGGAGCAUAGAGGCAAGAUUUGUGAAGAAAACAUGGAUGACUUUUUGAAAAAGUUAACAACAUAUCUCAUUAUUGAUUCAAAUAAUGAUCCUCUAGGACUGAGGACUGGCAAAAGUAACAAGGAUUCUAUACAAGAAACUACCUCAGGAAUAUCUACAGCAGAUAUCGAAGGAGAGGUAAUGUUGACUGGUUAUACAGUCACUGGUGGAACGCUGACUUGUGACACAGAAGCUGGCCCAAGUACAUCUACAGGUACUGCAAUAGGAACUCAGUUUGUUAACUGCAAUAUUACUGACUCAGUUAUUAACAUAGUUAAUAAUACAAUUCAAUUACCUGCUACACAAGACAAUGCAACAAGACCAAGUGAAGAUGAUGUUAUUAAAAAUUAUCUACUAAGUACUCAACUGCAAUUGUGCCGUAAUGCCACCCGGUUCACCCCAGCAACUUUAAAUACGAGAUACCAAGUAGACAUUGCCCAUAUGUUCACUGAUCUGGACCUACUUAAGGAAAAUAAAAAGAAGCAAGAUGUCAAGCCAACAACUUUAAAGGAGGUUUUAAAGAUUAUCAAAUCCACACCUGCAUGUAAAGUUCUACUUGAAGGUGAGGGUGGUAUUGGUAAAUCAACCCUCCUCAGGUACAUAGCUUACAACUGGGCCACAGAUGAAUCAGAUGAAACCUUCAAAGGUAAAAUAGUCUUUCUUGUCAAUAUAUCUUCUAUUGGCAAAGGUGAAUCUGUUUUAGAUGGUAUUUUAAAACAAAUAGACAUUGAGGAUUUUUGUCUUAAAACAAAUCUUAGUCAAGAUCCUAUAAUAAAACAAUAUAUUUGGAAUCAUGAUAAUGACAUUGUAUUAUUGUUGGAUGGAUUAGAUGAACUGAAAGAUGGUAGUAAGAGUCCAAUAAGCUUUUUCAAAAAUCAAAAUAUGCCUAAAUGCAAAGUAAUACUAACAUCAAGAUCUGACAAGAAAAUAGAUAAUUUUGUUAAAGAGAGCAGCAUACAUGUGAAAGUGAAGGGAUUCAAUGCAGGUAAUAUAAAGAAUUACAUUAAGAAACAUUUCCAUUUUUUUGGAGAACCUGCAUUAGGAGACUCACUUGUAGAUGAGCUUUUUUUAGGAUAUAAACAUGCGGACAUCAAUUUAAUGUGCAAGAAUCCAAUGUUGCUUCUGUCAGUAUGCAUUAUGUGGGAAGAAAGGCAACACCUUCCAGCUGAUAAAACUGACCUCUUUAAAGAGAUUUUUAGAACCAUCUUGAAUCAGUUUAUUGACAGACACGCAGAUAAAGAGCAAAAAAUCUCAAUAUUUAAAAAUAUUCCACAGAAGUAUGUUGAACCGAUGCUUUUGUUAGGGAAAUGUAUGUAUAAUGGCUUAAAAAGAAACCAACUUUCAAUAAACAAAGCAGAUUUGGAAGGAAAAGAAGAGAUUGUUGCCUUAGCUUUAAAACUGGGAUUUGUGUACAAAGAUACACCAAACCUAAAAUCUGAUUUUGAAGAGAUUUUUACAGCUCCUCACAAGUUAAUAGUAGAGUCAUUGGUAGGGUUUUACCUUUACAAACUAUGUCAGGUAGCAGGAUUGCAGAGCCAAUGUUCAGAGGACAUGAAAAGGUUACUUCAUCCGUUGGAUGAUAGUGAAUGGAAUAUUAUAAUAGAAAGUGAACACUUAUACAUUGCAAAAGAGUUUGCAAUUGGAUUUUUAGGUCCUGAUGCUUGCAUGUUUUUAAGUCAUUGGAUAACAAAUAGUCUCGCAACAUAUCGCUCUUUAAUGGCAUAUUUUAAAUUUGUAAAAAUAGAGCACAGGAUUACUGUAGAAAAGGCAUUAAUAAAGUAUAUGACUGAAAAAAACUUAAAAAUAAUGCCACAUAUAAAUGAGAUAUGUAAAUCACUAAGAAAAUUUAUCCAUCAAGUUAUUCCUUAUGUAGAGAUAAAUCCAAACGAGUGUUUCAUCCACAUUAUGCAACGAUUUUACAAUAUAAGAUUAUCUGUUGGUGGAAUUGAUGUGAUAACUCACAUUGGAUCUUUUUGUAAAGAAAUGUCAUCUGAAGAAAAAGGUAAAAUGAUUGCCCACAUACUGAUUGCCGUAUCAGAUCAAAGUGAUAUUUUGAAAAUAGUAAAUAGACUAUGUGGUCGUGAUGAUAUUAAAUACUUAAAAGCUGAAUGUCAGAAACUGAAUUUCAAAUAUGAUAUAACAUACUUAGACUUGUGUAACUUAAGUACUGCUUCAUAUAUGGUUCAUCUGCUUAGUAAUGCACCACAACUUGAAUAUUUGCAGUGCUUCUCAAAUUGCGUUACAGGUGCUAUUAUGAAUGAUGUGAUGAAAGACUGUUCUAUACAAGUAGUUAAGUUAGAAGAAUUAAAGGAGCUAAAUAUCAGUGGAAAUAAUUUCAGCAACAUUGAUGGUUCAUCAUUAUCCUCUUUAUUACUUAUUGCUCCUACACUGACUAAACUUAACUUGAGUAAUUGCAGUCUAUCAGGUGUUAUUAUGAAUGAUGUGAUCAGAGGGUGUUGUUGUCAAGAAUUCAAGUUGGAAUUAAAGGAGCUUAAUAUCAGUGAUAAUAAUCUCAGCAACAUUGAUGGUUCAUCAUUUGCAUCCUUAUUCAUCGCUCCUACACUGAGUAAGCUUAACAUGUGUAACUGCAGUCUAUCAGGUGUUAUUAUAAAUGAUAUGAUCAGAGAGUGUUGCAGUGAAGGGGUUCAGUUAGAAUUAGAGGUUCUUGAUAUUAGUAAUAAUAAUAAUCUCAACAACAUUGAUGGGUCUUUGUUUGCAUCUUUAUUGGGAAUUACUUCUAAACUUGAAUCGCUAUUAAUGAGUAAUGGCAGUUCAUAUAUAGUCUAUAAUCUGCAUGGCUUGUAUAUCAGUGGUACUACUUCCAUCAAUAUUGAUGGCUCCUCAUUAGCAGCUUUAUUAAUUACUUUUGAACGGAAUAGGCUUGCAUUGAUUAAUUGCAGUCUAUCAGGUGUUAUUAUGAAUGAUAUGAUCAAAGAGUGUUUUAGUAGUGGAGUCAGGUUAAAAUUAACGGAGCUUGAUGUAAAUAGUAAUAAUCUCAGCAGCAUUGAUGGUUCAUUAUUAGCAUCCUUAUUGGAUAUUGCUCCGGAAGUGAGUCAUCUUAACAUGAAUAAUUGCAGUCUAUCAGGUGAUAUUAUUAAUGAUAUGAUCAGAAAGUGUUGUAGUACAGGAGUCAAUUUACAAUUAAUUGAGCUUAGUAUCAGUGGUAAUAAUUUCAGCAACAUUGAUGGUUCCUCAUUUUCAUCCAUAUUUAUUACUCCUACACUGAGUAGUCUUGACAUGAGUAAUUGCAUUAUAUCAGGUGAUAUUAUGAAUGAUAUGAUCAGAGAGUUUUGUAAUAGAGGAUUUAAUUCAGUAUUAGUGGAGGUUGAUAUUAAUGGUAAUAAUCUCAGCAACAUUGAUGGUUCAUUAUUAGCAUCUUUGUUGGUUAUUACUCCUUUGCAGUAUCUUAACAUGAGUAAUUGCAGUCUAUCAGGUGUUAUUAUGGAUGAUAUGAUCAGGGAGUGUUGUAGUAAGGGAGUUGAUUUAGAAUUAGUGGAGCUUGAUAUUAAUAGUAAUUACCUCAGCAGAAUUAAUGGUUCAUUAUUAGCAUCUUUAUCGGUUAUUGCUUAUAAGAUGAGUAGUAUUAACAUGAGUAAUUGCAGUCUAUCAGGUGCUAUUAUGACUGAUAUGAUCAGAGAGUGUUGUUAUCUAGGAAUCAGGUUAGAAUUAAUUAAGCUUGACAUCAGUGAUAAUAAUCUCAGCAGCAUUGAUGGUUCAUUAUUAUCAUCUUUAUUAAUUAUUGCUCCGGGAAUGAGUAAUCUUAACUUGAGUAAUUGCCGUCUUUCAUGUGCUAUUAUGAUUAAUAUGAUAAGGGAGUGUUGUAGUAGAGGAGUCGGGUUAAAAUUAAAGGAGCUUCAUAUCAGUGAUAAUAAUCUCAUCAGCAUUGAUGGUUCAUUAUUAUCAUCUUUAUUCGUUUUUGCUCCAGAAAUUAGUAACCUCAACAUCAGUAAUUGCUGUUUUUCAGGUGCUAUUAUAAAUAAUAUGAUCAGAGUGUGUUGUAGUAGAGGAUUUAGGUUAAAAUUAAAGGAGCUUCAUAUCAGUGAUAAUUAUCUAAGCAGCAUAGAUGGUUCAUUAUUAACAUCUUUAUUCAUUAUUGCUCAUAAAAUUAGUAAUAUUAACAUGAGUAAUUGCAGUCUAUCAGGUGCUAUUAUGACUGAUAUGAUCAGAGAGUGUUGUAGUCUAGGAGUCAGUUUAGAACUAAUUAAGCUUGAUAUCAGUGAUAAUAAUCUCAGCAGCAUUGAUGGUUCAUUAUUAUCAUCUUUAUUGGUUAUUGCUCCAGAAAUUAGUGACCUUAACAUGAGUAAUUGCUGUUUUUCAGGUGCUAUUAUAAAUAAUAUGAUUAGAGAGUGUUGUAGUAGAGGACUUAGGUUAAAAUUAAAGGAGCUUCGUAUCAGUGAUAAUUAUCUCAGCAGCACUGAUGGUUCAUUAUUAACGUCUUUAUUGGUUAUUGCUCAUAAAAUGUGUAAUAUUAACAUGAGUAAUUGCAGUCUAUCAGGUGCUAUUAUGACUGAUAUGAUCAGAGAGUGUUGUAGUCUUGGAGUCAGUUUGAAAUUAAUUAAACUUGAUAUCAGUGACAAUAAUCUCAGCAACAUUGAUGGUUCAUUAUUAUCAUCUUUAUUGUUUAUUGCUCCGGAAAUGAGUAUUCUUAACAUGAGUAAUUGCUGUUUUUCAGGUGCUAUUAUAAAUAAUAUGAUCAGAGAGUGUUGUAGUAGAGGAUUUAGGUUAAAAUUGAAGGAGCUUCAUAUCAGUGAUAAUAAUCUCAACAGCAUUGAUGUUUCAUUAUUAACAUCUUUAUUGGUUAUUGCUCCGAAAAUGAGUAAUGUUAUAAUGAGCAAUUGCAAUCUAUCAGGUGAUAUUAUGAAUUAUUUGAUGAGAGAGUGUUGUAGUAGAGGAGUCAAUUUACAAUUAGUGGAGCUUAAUAUCAGUGGUAAUAAUUUCAACAAAAUUGAUGGUUCAUCAUUAGCAACUUUAAUGGUCAUUGCUCCUACACUGAAAAAUCUUAACAUGCGAAAUUGCAAUCUAUCAGGUGCUAUCAUGAAUGAUAUGAUCAGAGAUUGUUCUAGUAGAAGAGUAAAGUUAGAAUUAAAGAAGCUUGAUAUCUGUGAUAAUAAUGUCAGCAACAUUGAUGCUUCAUCAUUAGCAUCUUUAUUGGUUAUUGCUCCUACACUGAGUAAUCUUAACAUGAGGAAUUGCAAUCUAUCACAUUUUAUUAUGAAUGAAAUGAUCAAAGAUUGUGGUAACAGACAAGUCAAAUUGGAAUUAGUAUAAGAAUUUUAGGAAUAAAUAAUCAAUAAUUAUUAAUCAUGGCAAUAUCAAUUUUCCAUUAUUGAGUUAUUACAUCUAAAUUAAAAUUAAUUUUCUUUUAAUCCUCUACUGAAUGUUACAAUUUUUUUUAAUUUCAUUUAUUUCGCCUUGUUUAAUGAUAUAACCAGAGUUUAAAACAAGUAUGGAUAAUCUUAGCAACAUUAGUUUUCACUGGCUUUCUGGAAUCAUUUUAUAUCAUGUUUGAAAUUGGUUAUGAAUGAAGUGUUCUAACAAAGGAAUUAUGCCCUGAUUUUCCUGAUCCUCAUUACCUUCUUUAUUUUUAAUUUUGUUUGUAACUGAAUUGUUUAAAAUCUCUGUAUGGGUGAUUACAGUCAGGUGUUAUUGAUGAGUGUUUUCGAAGUGUGGUUACAUUAGUAAAGAUUACUAUCUUUAAUAUUCCUGAUAAUAUUUUAUGAGAGUGUUCUACUAGUGUGGUCAUUAGUAGUGAUUACCAUCUUCAUGUUCUCUGAUAGUAUUCUAUCUAUGUUUAAAUAAAUGUUAUGAAACUUAUUUACAUUUAGAACUGGUAUUAGUCUAUAAGUUCUUUUAUUUUAUUCAUAUUUAUAACAAUAACAGUAAUAGAAAUAAUGUAAUGUCAAACAAUGAUACCAACGAGAGCAGUAGU